UCUGAGCACUCGUUCUGGUACACAGGCUCUCUCUCUCUCUCUCUUUCUUCCUCUCUCUCUCACACACACACACGUACACACACAUACACUCAAAAACAUAAAGCAGAAGUGGACCAAGACACACGGUUUCAGUCGCCGCAGUUGGCUAUGGCUCAGGGCUCUGACAGCAAUGACACAAGUUACAAGUCGCCAUCACCUGGAAGCAGGCCGAGCUCCUCAGAUGAUGUGAAGAAGGUGAUGCGGAGGGAGAAGAACCGGAUUGCUGCUCAGAAGAGCAGGUUGAGACAAACUCAGAAAGCUGACAACCUUCACUUGGAGAGUGAGAACCUGGAGAAGGAGAAUGCUGCCCUAAGGAAAGAGGUGAAGUCGCUGAGGGAGGAGGCCAAGUAUCUGACGUCCGUGCUCAAUAGCCAUGAACCUCUGUGCACGGGCCUGGCCCCUCAGACCCCCGACCACCUGUAUCCUCCUCAUCACAGCAGCUACCACCACCAGCACAUUCCUGUACCACACUACUGACGGCCGAAGACGUGCUACGAACAGAUGACUGACCUCAAAGGAGAGUGAAUGACUGGAUGUGUCUGUAAGUCAUUGGAAACUGAUCGAGGAGUAACAGGAAAGGCCAAUAUGUCUGCCACACAACGACAGUAUGGAACCCAAACUGUAACAUGCAGUAUUUUAAACUAUUUAUUUUGCUUCUGAUGCUCAUCUAUUUGUUUUUUUCUGAUUGAUAUCAGUGAUCUGUAUGUGAACUUAAAUGGCCCGAUGAGUAGAAUUUCCAACCAGUCUAUGUUUACAUUGGGGAGAAACUUACUGUAUGUGGAGGAGACUCAGAUGAUAUUUUUGUAUAUUGUGAAUUUUUAGUGUCAUCCUGUCAUUUUGUGAGUUUGUUGUAUUGUUUAUUGUUUCAGUGUAAAAAUGUAGAUUGAUAAUGCUCAGGAGAUUUUUUUUGACAGAACUGAUUGUUGACAAGGAGAAUGUAAAGUCAAAGUCCAGAAAAGGUCUUGGUGUACCAAAGUUUGAUGAACAAGAAAUAUGUUUGAAAUUGAAGAAUGGGCAUUCAACGGGUCUCGACUUGUGUACUGGUGAUAAUACUGAUGUAUGGAAAUAUCCCACAAGGAUAUUUAUUAAAUGUGAUCCCUUAUAGGUGAUUAUUCCGACCUCCAGGGGGCUGUUAUUCAUUCAUUCAUGCAUUGUUGAGUGUGUAAAGUCUGUAUAAGUGCUGACAACAGGUGACAAGGGACAAACCAAGAGGUUUUAUACCACUGAUGAAGGAGUCUGUAGAUGGCACUGUUUACCAGUAUGAGGGAUGAAGUGAAAGAUGAAGUUACAGCAGUUUACAGCUGUAUGAUUCAGUAAUAAUUAAAAGUCUGCCCUAUAUGACUGUAUUUAUA